AUGUGCUCCUUCCUGGCGGUGAAUCAGCUCAUCGCCAACUUGACGUUUGUCAACUUCUUCUUGCGCCCUCGAGGGCCAGAUGCGACAAACCAUGUCAGGCUUCAAGGCUUCGACUUCGUGCACAACUUGUUGCACAUGACAGGCGAGAGAAGACCCCAGCCGUUCUUCUCUGCGGAUGGCCGCAUAGUGGUUCUCUUCAAUGGGGAGAUUUACAACUGGCGCCAGCUGAGCGAAGAAGCUGUGGAGCAAGGCUCCCCGCCUUUCGCCUCUGACGGUGAGGCCAUCCUUCCGGCCUACAGUUCCCUCGGCGCAUCGUUUCCACUAGUCCUGGAAGGCGAGUUCGCGAUCGCCAUCUUCGAUUUUACGAAGAACCAGGCGGUGUUUUCCAGCGAUGCCUUUGGCACGAAGCCUUUGUGGUAUGCUUUGAUUCCGCACAGGCAAAGGAUCGCAGUUGCCUCCUACAAGAGCGGACUGCGCCGACUUGGCUUUCCCAAGCGCAACAUCCACAUGGUUGGUCCCAAUAGAGCACUGACCAUCUGCUUGACGACUUUCCGGAUUCUCAGACACACCUCUGUCUUCGAGUUUGAUCUACGACAGUUUAAGACCUCCACAAGCGACUUCUUCACGGCCUUCAAUCGGGCUGUGAAAAUCCGCACCGAGGACCUGAUUUCAACAGGUCGCCCUUUGUUUAUCGGCCUGUCGUCGGGCUUCGAUUCUGGGGCCAUUCACGCAUCACUUCACCACCAGUCUGUGCUGCACCAUGCAUUUGCACUGCUCGGCGAAGAGGUCCCAGCGGUGCUGCAUGAGAGGGCAAUGUUCGCCAGGACAACGUCCGAGGUGUCAGUUGUGAUGAUGAACGAGCAGGAUUUUGAGCUCGAGCAACUGUGGCUAUCACAAAGGGCUGAGCCGUUCUGGUAUCUCGGGGUAAAUGCCACCGGCCAGACCAACGUUUUGGAUGACCUCGCAUCCACAGGACUCAGCUACAUUGUGCGGCUGAGCCGUGACAGGGGGGCGCUGUGCUACCUUUCCGGAUCGGGAGCGGACGAAAUCCUUAGUGACUAUGGCUUUGCCGGGGACAAGUGGUGCCCGCAGUCAUCGUUUGGAGGAUUGUUUCCAAACGACUUGUCGACCAUCUUCCCCUGGGCAGGGUUCUUUUUGUCUACGCAGCGGGACUAUCUCCACAAGGAAGAACACGUCGCUGGAGCCCAUGGGGUGGAGGCAAGAUACCCCUUCCUGGAUCCUCGUGUGGUGCAGGAGUUUCUCUGGCUCGCACCGGAAGUGAAGAACCGGGAGUACAAGGCUCCUUUGCACGAUGCCUUUACCAGCUGGGGUUAUCCGUUUGAGAAGCGGAAGAAGACGGGAUUCGCCGCCAAAGCAAACCUCGUGUCUGAUGCGACAAGCUACCUGUGGCGCUACCAUGCCCUUCCUCCUGCUGCCUGUGGUCCUCACCUGACCCCGGGUGGGGUCUCCAUCUGUUCCGAAGCGAGCGUCGAGGGAAGGCUCCGAUGCGAGGUCCAGUGCCUUGGCAAUCGGACUGUUGCGGACACCUUGCGGUGCGGUCACCAUGGUGCCUGGGUGGGGCAGCUUCAUUGCCUAGAGGAGGAUGAUUCGCUGCCAACUCUCUGGGCACCCGAUGGGCCACGACCACCUCUGGUGAUAGACCGAACGGCCUCGUGA